AUGAAGCACAUCACCAUCGUUAACCACACAUCUGAGAUCCUCCUCGUUGAGUGCGAGACAAGGGGCAAGCAUGAGGUUAAGGUGCUCCUGCCUUCGCUGUACGCGUCGACAAGCAUAGACCGUGCCACAGAGCUCACGCUGUCUACACCCGCCACCAAUCAUGGUGACGCGAAGGAGGGCUUCACAGUCGUGCCGAACGCGUAUACUAUUAGUCUGUCGAUGGACCUCGGGGCAAUGUGGAAAUUAAUGAACGUGCCAGGAAGUUGUCCGUGGCGAAUAUAUCGCUGCAGGUCGUCCCGUAGACACCACCGACUGCUGAUCCUGCCUCGUCGCGACCUCUCUUCAUUCCUGGCGAAUAUGCCGGACACGGUACCGUUGUCGUCUCUAACCCUUCCUGGAACGCAUGAUACCAUGGCAUUUUACGGCUGGCCCAUCUCUCAAUGCCAGUCACUUGCAACCCCGCUUGCGGUGCAGCUCCAGUCAGGCAUACGCGUCCUAGACAUCCGUCUGGCGGUGGUAGACUCGCGUCUCAUCGCGUUUCAUGGAAUAUAUCCGCAACGCACACCCUUCCAAGAGAUCCUUGCUACGAUACAUUCAUUCCUCACCGCACCGGCGACGUGCCGCGAAACCCUCGUCAUGUCCAUCAAGCAGGAGGACUUCCUCAAGACUCCUGCUGCGCUCUUCUCUCAGCUCGUCCACGAUGAGAUCGUGAAUGGUCCGGGCGGACUGGGCAUGUGGUUCCUGGAAAACCGAGUUCCGCACCUCGGUGACGUCAGAGGCAAAGUGGUCAUGUUCAGUAGGUUCGGGGGAAGUGGUGACGGCUGGGAGGGCGGGCUUGAGGGCCUGGGUAUGCACCCCACUGUCUGGCCGGACAGCGCCAAGUCGGGCUUCGCCUGGCAGUGCAAAAACACCUUGGUCCGGACGCACGACUGGUACAACAUCCCGUCGUUCCUGUCCAUCCCGGAGAAGACGCAGCUCGCGACAGAGAUCCUCCUACCUCCGGCGGAUGCGCAGCCGUUUCCGACGUUGGCAAUCACAUACUUUUCUGCAUCGAGCUUCCCACUCGCGUUCCCCCCAACUGUCGCACGGGGCUUUGGCUACCCGCAGUACGGGCUGGGCGUCGAGGGCGUCAACGGGCGGGUGGGCAAGUGGCUGCUCGACUUCCUCGGUGGACAGGAUGAUGUGUGUGAGAAGAGGCUGGAUGGUGACGUCCGGAUCAGAGGUUGGGCUUUCAUGGACUUCUUCAUGGAUCCGGAAGAUGGGGGAAUGGUUCCGCUGCUUGUCGAAUGCAAUUAUAGAGGGAGAAGGCCAGGUGAGGAAGGUUGGCCGUAA